UUUUGCCUUCAAACCCCAACAACCCAACUCCCCUCUCUAUUUAAAGCUCCCAAUUUUGGUUGAUCAGACUCAGGAAUAUUUCUGGGUAACCUGAAAGUUCCUUCCUUUUCUUCUUAUACAUUCAAAAAGAUCAAUUUUUUCCCCAUUCUUUUUUUUUUUCUUGCCUCUGCUCUGUUUUCUAAUUUCUUCACCCAAUUCAUCCGUUACCCAUUUCGAAUUCUUUAGAAAAGAAUGGAGCUUUGCAACGAGAAGAACGGUCCGGUGGCUGUUGGUGCCGACCCAUUGAACUGGGGAAUGGCUGCCGAGUCGCUGAAAGGCAGCCACGUGGACGAGGUGAAGCGCAUGGUGGAGGAGUCCAGAUCCCCUGUCGUGCAGCUUGGCGGCCAGACCCUCACCGUUGCCCAAGUAGUGGCCAUUGCGUCCGGCGCCGGCGCCACCGCGGUGGAGCUGUCGGAGGAGGCCCGGCCGAGGGUGAAGGCCAGCAGCGAUUGGGUCAUGGAGAGUAUGAGCAAAGGGACGGACAGUUAUGGCGUCACCACUGGGUUCGGGGCCACUUCCCAUAGGAGGACCAAACAGGGUGGAGCACUUCAGAGCGAGCUCAUUAGGUUCUUGAAUGCUGGGAUCUUCGGCAACGGCACAGAGUCCGCCCACACGCUGCCUUACUCUGCGACCAGGGCUGCCAUGUUGGUCAGGAUCAACACCUUGCUGCAGGGCUACUCGGGGAUCAGGUUCGAGAUCUUGGAAGCCAUCUCCAAGCUGCUAAACAACAAUGUCACCCCAUGUUUGCCCCUCAGAGGCACCAUUACAGCAUCCGGUGACCUGGUCCCAUUGUCCUACAUUGCUGGACUGUUGACAGGCCGUCCUAACUCCAAGGCGGUGGGACCUAACGGAGAGUCACUUGACGCUGCUGGAGCCUUCAAGGUUGCAGGGAUCCCUGGUGGGUUCUUUGAGUUGCAGCCCAAGGAAGGUCUAGCCAUGGUGAAUGGUACAGCAGUCGGUUCUGGACUUGCCUCCAUGGUGCUUUUUGAUGCCAACAUUCUGGCUGUUCUCUCCGAAAUUAUGUCUGCGGUGUUUGCUGAGGUUAUGCAAGGGAAACCAGAGUUUACAGAUCACUUGACACACAAGUUAAAGCAUCACCCUGGCCAGAUUGAAGCUGCAGCAAUCAUGGAACAUAUUCUGGAUGGAAGUGACUACAUUAAAGCUGCUAAGAUGUUGCACGAGAUUGACCCGUUGCAGAAGCCCAAACAAGAUAGGUAUGCACUUAGGACAUCACCUCAGUGGCUUGGCCCUCUGAUAGAAGUGAUUAGGAUGUCGACAAAAAUGAUCGAGAGAGAAAUCAACUCUGUGAAUGACAACCCAUUGAUUGAUGUAUCGAGGGGGAAGGCAAUCCACGGAGGCAAUUUCCAGGGCACCCCCAUUGGUGUCUCCAUGGACAACACCCGUCUAGCCAUUGGUUCCAUUGGUAAGCUCAUGUUUGCUCAAUUCUCUGAGCUUGUCAAUGACUUCUACAACAAUGGGUUGCCUUCAAACCUCACUGGUGGGCGAAACCCUAGCUUGGACUAUGGUUUCAAAGGUGCUGAGAUUGCCAUGGCAUCUUACUGCUCGGAGCUCCAGUUCCUUGCUAACCCGGUAACGAAUCAUGUCCAGAGUGCUGAACAACAUAACCAAGAUGUGAACUCUCUGGGGUUGAUAUCAGCAAGGAAGACGGCUGAAUCAGUUGAGAUACUGAAGCUCAUGUCCACCACUUACUUGGUUGCUUUAUGUCAAGCCAUUGACUUGAGGCAUAUCGAGGAGAACCUGAAACACACAGUGAAGAACACCGUGAGCCAAGUUGCCAAGAGAGUGCUAACCACUGGGGUGAAUGGAGAGCUCCACCCGUCCAGAUUCUGCGAGAAGGACCUGCUUAAAGUUGCAGACAGGGAGUAUGUAUUUGCCUAUGCUGAUGAUCCUUGCAGCGCAAACUACCCACUGCUGCAAAAGCUGAGGCAGGUGCUGGUCGAGCAUGCAUUGUCGAAUGGGGAGAUGGAGAAAGACUCCAACACUUCAAUCUUCCACAAGAUUGGACAGUUCGAGGAAGAGCUGAAAGCCAUCCUGCCUAAAGAAGUGGAGAAUGCAAGGGCUGAGCUGGAGAACGGAAACCCAGCCAUCGCAAACAGAAUAAAGGAAUGCAGAUCGUACCCAUUGUACAAGUUUGUGAGAGAAGAAAUGGGUACCGGUCUGCUUACCGGUGAGAAGGUCCAAUCCCCAGGUGAGGUCUUCGACAAGGUCUUCUCAGCAAUGUGUGAAGGGAAGCUAAUUGACCCCAUGCUUGAGUGCCUUAAGGAAUGGAAUGGCGCCCCUCUCCCUAUCAGCUAGGUAGGAUAUGAAGUAUACAAAACUGUGCCAAGACGACUUCUUUUCUCCUUCUUCUUCUUCUUCUUCUUCAUCAUCAAGUGGUUAUUUUUCUGCAUUCAAAAUCAAGUCUCAUGUAAAAGUGAACGGCCUUUUUUCCUUCUCUUCUUUUGUACCCAUUAAUGUGUAUGCUGUGUAUCUUCUCUGAUAUAUCGACAAAUCCUUUUCUUGUUACUGUUUUCAAGACAAAUGGAUGGAAAUCCAACCCAGAGAGAAAAUGGAAAGGAGUCUCCUUUGUAACUUGAAUAUGGAUACCUGCAAUCUGGGGAGGAAACUGCUUGGUUCUGUUUUAGUAUGCUGAUA